AUGCAAGACAUCACCAGCUGGCUAAGGGAUGCUUGUCGAGAUCUCUCCCCGACGGAGAUGGUCAAGCCUCCAGAGCUGACUAUGCUUGAUGCCAUGAACGCCAUUCAGAUGAUGGAUCCCAAGAUGGAUACCGGAGCGUCGGACUUACAAGAACGGAGAUCGUCUCUUGUCUACAGCCCGGCUGCAUCUCUCUCCUCAGCGGACCUCUGCUGGACGAUGGAUAACAUGCUGGCUUUAGAGGUGGCAUGGUAUCGAGGUGCAACUCUUUGUCAAUCAGUUUAUACCGCUCUUCACUAUCACAAUCCUCAUCAUCUGGCAGGUCCACCUCAGGGCACGGAUACUGAUCAUAGAUCAUAUCUCGUUCACCUUGUUCUGCGAGCCUACGUUCUGCUCUACUGCAAAAGUAUUGAUCUGGCAUACACCGAAUUCGCUAAAGGACACGUCAGAGAUGGAGAGGACUGCUGGCUUGAUCACUACGGUGUCGCUGUCCGCAUGAGUGACCCGGUGGAGGAUGUGGUAAAUUUGGCCAACGAAGCCCUAGAAUGGCUCGAGCAUCAGUAUUCUCCGGUGUCCUAUCACUGGUCUGAUCAAAUGUCAAAACGUCUGAUACACCGACGGGUAAGUCAUGGUUGUCAUAUGGAGCUGACGAAUCCAGAACUGGGUACAAUAUCUGGCUUCAAGCUCCGAAACGUCAACAUCAUGCAGUCCUCUUCUGCGAGUAAUGAGAAUAGCUUCAGAUGGCAUUGA